CGCGAUCAUUGACUGACUUGACUAACUAACUGACUGACUACUUACAUCCGUGUUCGCAUUUAGUUUUUAGAUAACAUUCUUCCUAAAGAAAAGGCUAACAUGCAAAUAGAUAUAUGGAACAUAGGGAAUUACUCUUGGUGCAGAAAGUGCAUUUAUAUGGCAAAGGGUCUCUUAAAAAAUCUUAAAAAAAAUUUUAGAACUAAAAAGAAAAUCGGAAACUUAAUUAAACAUUUUUUUAAAAUUACUACCAACACACAAAUUACUACCAAUAAAAAAAAUACUACUAAUAAAAAAAAUAUUACUAAUAACAAAAUUACUACUAAUGAAAAAAAUACUACCAAUAACAAAAUAAUGCUCAAUCAGAGAAUUACUAUUAAUAAAAAAAAUUACUACCAACAAAAAAUAAUACUACAAACCAACAAAAAACAACAAAAUAAUUAUGAGGAAUGUUUUUUAGAUUUUACUUUUCUGAAAAAUGCUGAAGAAAACAUAAAAAAUAUGAAAAAUAGCUAUAGGAAAGAAAGGGCAAAGGCCCUCUUAAAUCAUCUAAAAAAUAAAGAUUUUAGGACUAAAAAUAAAAGCAGAAACUUAUACUUAAUUAAAAAUGAGACUUUUAUCAUUAGCACUUCGGGUGAAAUAAAAACAUACAUUGGGUUCACGCAAGAUGGUACUUUGGUAGCAGUUCAGUGUGGAUUUAAAAACCAGCAAAAUAGGUUUUACUUCACAAAUGAAUUUAAUCAUUUAAAUAAUACUAAACUGGAGAGCAAGAACAUAAUUAAAUAUGUAUCCUCAGAAGAAGAUACACAUUAUAUUUAUAUAGCAGUAAAGCUUUGGGAUUAUUAUCUAGAUGAAUACAUUGAAAAUCUUUAUCAGUCAGAAAUAGACCAACAAGAAAAUAAUAACCAACUUAAAAAAAAAUGUAAAAAAACAGUGAAGAAGAUGCUUCUUGGCCUUCGAGAUCUUCACCAGGCCAGAGUGAUACAUGGUGACAUAAACCCUAGAAAUAUCAUCAUAGAUUUCGAAGAAAAUGUUAGAUUAAUCGGCUUUGGCAGAAACAUCAAACUGAAGGGAGAAACAACUGCUAAUACAGAUAGAGCUGGUAUCCGAGAGAAUGAUUAUACAAAGAGCUCCGACAUCAAGGCUGUUGGGAAGUUGGUGUACUACAUCCUCUCUGGUGGGAAACAUCUGGUCAUAGAGGAUUUUGACAUGCAGAAUGAUGUGCAAGAUAUUGUAGCCCAGGAUCUCAUAGACUGGAUGGUCAAUAGUGUCCCAAGCAUUGAUCAGGUCCUAAAACACCCUUAUUUCUGGGGUCCAAAAAGAAAAGACGAAGUGCUGAGGAAAGUGGGCGAUCGACCUGAAGUUCAGUACUGCAUUGAUAUUUCAAAAGCUUGCAAAAUUUGGAAAGCUGAAGAAGGCCUAACAGGAAUACAAGCCGUCGAAAGGGCCUUCGAUGGAAAGGACAAGAAUGGACAAAAAAGGAAAACUAAAGUUCUUAGGAUACUUGGAAAGAAAGAGCAAGACCAGAAUAAAACAUUUUCUGAAAAGUUUUUAAAGCUUUGUGACUAUGCAGAGGGCUACUCGAAAGACAAAACAUUUAGUAAAUGGAAAUCAAAGCUUGCAGUUGACUGGACAGACAUAGACAAAACUUGUCCGGAGGACUUACUUGGCCUGCUGCGUACUUACCGCAACAAACUGUCUCAUGUUUGCACAAUCGAUGAAGAGAUGUUCGACUGUUUUCCAGAUUUCUACAUCAGCUUAUACAGAUUAGCUAUAGACAUGGGCUGGGACUGUACCUGGUCUUAAGAUGAGCGAGGAGAUCAUCAGUACCUGUUGUGAGUGGGAGAUGAGAGAGCUCUAUCAUGGGGACUAGAAUUAUUAGGUUCUAGCUUGUCCAUGGAGGGGUGAAGAGACACAUGUGACCCAUGAGGGAAGCAAGUGUCACCACUCUCAUUCUCCUUUAGAGACCUCACUGUCCUUUCUGCUUUUUUGCAAUUAUAUAAUAAAUAAAAUUGCAUAAACA